AUGGCAUUAACGCCAGUUGUUAAAGUGGUUGAUUUAUAUCGUCAUGAGUUAUUCGAUAAUGGUUUUGGUGUGCAGUGGAUGGAUGAUAAUGAUGAAAAUAAUUCAAUGAAUUCUAAGAAUUCAAUUAUUUCAGUUCGAUCUGUAUAUAGUAAUCAUAAUUCACGUCUUCCAGCUCAUAUUUGGAGAUCACUUGCAAAGGUUUUAUCCGGUGAUGUUGUCAUGGAAUUAAAUGGUGUUAGCACUGCAGGUCAAACAGUUGCUGAAUUUGAAAAAAAUUUAAAACUAUCCGGUAAUCGAAUUCGCAUACGUUUGAAAUCAGACUACGGUAGCUGUACAUCGUCUAGUCUUGUUGACCCAUCUUGGAAUUCACCAACAUCUUUUACAUCAUCAAUACAAGCAACAGACGAAGAUAAUUUAUCUGACACGGAAUAUUAUCAACAGAAAAAAAUUCUUGUACCAUUAACGAACGGUCAUUCAUACAGUUCAAUGACAAAUGGUCAUGGCAAAUAUAAUAAAUCAGAGCGAAGUCGUUCAUGUGAAAAUAGUCUUGAUUCGUGCGGUCGUAAAUCAUCUGAUGAACUAACUAUAUCAUCAUCGUCAUUAGCCGAUGUACCAGUAUCAUCAUCAAAUAAUGCUGAUUAUGAUAACCUAGCUAGUAUUAAUGGUAAUAAAGAUGUUAAUGGACAACCAUCAUCGCCAACAGCAAUGCAACCAUCAACAUCAAGACUAACAACACAAUCACCAAUAUCCUAUGAACUUGAUCAAAAAAUAAAAGAUGCCAUCGAUGCAAGACUUCGAGAUAUUGAUGAUGAAUUUGAAUUAAAUUUGCCAGUUACUUCGGAAACAGUCAAUAAAUCGGUUGAUCUUCCUUCAGCACGUCGAUUAGCUAAACGUCUUUAUACAUUAGAUGGUUUUAAAUCAACUGAUGUCGUCAGACACUUGUGUAAAAGGAAUGACUUCAAUCAAUUGGUCGCUGAAGAGUAUGUCAAAUUGUUCGAUUUUCAAGGUGACACACUUGAUCGUGCAUUAAGAAAAUUUGUUAAACAAUUUACAAUUAUUGGAGAAGCACAAGAUCGUGAACGUGUACUACAUUUCUUUGCUGCAAGAUAUCUCGAUUGUAAUCCAACAACAUUCACGUCUGUCGAUGCUUGCCAUAUGUUGACUUGCGCAAUUAUGUUGCUAAAUACGGAUCUUCAUGAUGCAAAAAUUACAAGUAAAAUGACAUUUCAACAGUUUAGUGAUAAUUUACACGAGUUGAAUGAUGGAGUUGAUUUUUCAAAAGAUUUACUUAAAUCAUUAUACAAUGCAAUUAAAAAUGAACAACUUAUUGAUGAAACAACUCUUGGUUCCGAUGAUUAUACAGAUGUCCGUCUAAGUGGACAAGGAACAUUACAUGGAUAUAGUAAUUGUGUUAAUCCAUUUUUAGAGAUUCCUGAUACUAGCAAAAGUAUUGAAUACAUGCAGGGCUAUGUUAUGAGAAAAUGUUGUGUGGAGUCGGAUGGCAAACGAACUCCAUUUAUGCGUCGUAGUUGGAAAGCCUAUUAUGCUAGCUUACGUGAUAUGGUUCUUUAUUUACAUAAGAAUGAUCAACAACCAGCCACGAUCUUAGUUGGGGAUACAAAUGCAAUACGUUUACAUCAUGCAUUUGCGCAAGAAGCAACUGAUUAUCGCAAACGUCAACAUGUAUUUCGCUUAAAAACUGCUGAUUGGGCUGAAUGUUUAUUUCAAACAAGUGAUCAUGAUCUAAUGAAAAAAUGGAUUGAUGCUAUUAAUUUAAUUGCAGCAUCCUUUUCAUCACCACCGUUACCAGCAGCUAUUGAUUCAUCAUCCAUACAUUUUCAACGGCCACUUUUACCUAGUGUGCAAACACGUCAUUCUGUUUUCGAACAAUACGAAUAUAUAAUUAAUCAAAUAAAUGAAAUAUCGCGUCAAUUAAAUGAAUUAAAAACGCAUUCAUAUAUAACAAUUAAUAAUAAUGAAACUAUCAAUACUAAUGGGGAUUUAAAACAGCCAACACCAAUGAAAGCACGAGAUAUGAUUGAACAUAAAGAUAAAAUUGAUUAUCUUGAAUAUGAAUUAAAACGGUAUGAAGCAUAUGCAGAUCGUCUUCGACGACAUUUUCAGCAAUUGCAAUUAGAUUAUUCAUUACUUAAACCAAAUAAUAAUGAACAACAAGAUCAAGAACAACAAGAGCAGCAACAUGGUUUUGUAGGGCCUAUUGAAGCUUUCUCGGGUGUACAUAAUACUCAACAACAAACAUUUCCUCAUCAUCAAAUAUUACCCACACGGCCAACAUCGACAGUUGCUUAUAAAAAAGCGUCACAAUCUCCCAAUAUAACCAUGUCAAAUCCUAAUCGUUAUAGUUAUAUGAUGGCUGUGAAUACGCAUCCAGUUGCAAUGAAAGAACAUCGAUUAUGA